AUGACAGAUAACGACCAAACAAUGCCAAACGAUAAUGCUACACUAUACGAAGGCAAUGAUCACCCAAUAAUUGCACGGGUAGGCAUAAAAGCUCCAGAUUUUUGGCCCAAUGAACCAGAACUAUGGUUUCUUCGGCUGGAGGCGCAGUUCCGACAAGCCAAAAUCACAUCUGACAACUGCAAGUUCGACCAUACUGUUGCUAGUUUAAACAGUAACAUACUAAUAGAAGUGGCGGAUAUUGUAAAGAAUCCAACUGCUGGCAAUGCCUAUACACAACUGAAAGCUCGCCUUCUCGAAAGGUAUGGCAUUAGCUCAGAUGAAAGGAUCCACAGAUUAAUGGGGCUCACUCUGGGUGACUUAAAACCCACUCAACUACUCCACAGAAUGCAACCUCUGGCCACGGAUAGCAUUAGUACACAAGUUCUAAAAAAUUUUUGGUUGGACCGCCUACCACCUUCGGUUCGAAGUGUUAUAUCUGUUCUUGAUGGAGAUAUAGAAGAGCUUGCUAAGAAAGCCGAUAAGUACCUCCGAUGUUCCAGUUUUCCAGUCAUGGCUGUUACCGAAAGCUCUACCUUAGACAAAGCAGUGGCUGCAUUGAAUGACCAAGUGAGCGCUUUAUCCAGCAGAUUAGCUGUAGCUGAAGAACGGCAACAGAUUCAAAUGGUCAAGAGUACCAAGUUAUCAUCUGACGAGCAGUGUUACUAUCAUCGAAGAUUUGGUGCACAAGCACAGAAAUGUAGACCACCCUGCAGUUUUACAAAAAACGACGAAAGGGCACAACUGCAGCCCCUCACAUACCACGCCGCCUCUUCAUUACCGAUGGUGUUCUCCAACUUCAGUUCCUUAUUGAUACAGGGGCAGACCUGA